UUUCACAGGUGUUGGGUCCAGACAUCGUGAGAAGACACAUUUUCAACUUUACCCUGUAACCCAAUUCCAGGAAGUACAUUUUCUAGUUUCUUUUUUAAAUCACUUUACCACAAACCACAUGCAUCAUAAAGAUAAAAGAUGAGUUUUAUCCUCACAUCAUUGUCAGUCGCAUGAUUAUUGAUGAUCAUACCUGGAGGAGAAUGAAUGUUGUUCACUACUAUUUAACUCAAAUUUGCAACUGUGACAUCUGCACCUCCGACAGACCUGAUAACACUUGUUAUGCUCGAGUAUUUCCUUGGAACGAACGUCUGUAGAAUUUGCAUUGGGAACUGUUGCUCCAGGAAACAAAACAGCCUCCUGUGCUGCUCACAGUUUACAGUCUGUGGUUAAAAUGUAGAGUAACAGUGCGACAUGUGUCAUGGUCGUGAUAAAGGGUCAGAGUCAUGCAGCUGAGUCACACACACACGCAGUGAGAGUUCUUCUCGAGCACACAGCCAGGGCCGCCGGCUGAAGACUAGCCGCUCCACGAUGAAGCAGCAGAGAGACGUCUGCUCUGAAUAUGGCCGCCGUCUCAGGUGUCAGGUCUGGUCCAGGGUGGUUGAACGGUUAAUGCACAGAGAAAAGAGGCUGAAAAUCGACGACAAAACAGAGGAGGCUGUAAAGAGGUUCAGAGAAGCAGCGGCAGGCAUGACGGGGGUGGACGAGCUGUCGGACAGCACGGAGGUGGUGGAGAUGGAGGAUGUGAACCCCACCCAGUUCCAGGUGGAGAAGCACACGUGGGACGGCCUGAGGAAGAUCAUCCACAACAGCCGCAAGAACACAGGCAUGGUCAUCAGCAAGGCGCCACACGACUUCCAGUUCAUCCAGAAGGACGAGGCCAGUCCGCACUCUCACCGCAUUUACUACCUCGGAAUGCCUUACGCCAGCAGGGAAAACGCGUUACUUUACUCGGACAUUCCUAAGAAGAUCCGCAAAGACGCCCUGCUGGUUCUGUCAUGGAAACAGAUGCUGGAUCACUUUCAGGCCAGCCCGCACCACGGGGGCUUCUCUCGGGAGGAGGAGCUUCUGCGUGAGAGGAAGCGUUUGGGGGUGUCUGGCAUCACCUCUUAUGAAUACCACCGCCCCAGCGGCCUCUUCCUGUUCCAGGCCAACAGCAGUCUGUAUUACUGCCACGGUGGGGGAAACAACAGCCUCAUUACUUCUCCAGUGAAUCCUGUAGAGAUCAAGAGCCAGUGUCCAGGGACACGCAUGGACCCUAAGAUCUGCCCCGGAGACCCCAACUUCAUCGGCUUCAUCAAUAACAACGACAUCUGGGUGACCAGCAUCCAGACGGGCGAGGAGAGGAGGCUCACCUUCUGCCACAAAGGAAGCGAAAAUAUAAAGGAGGACCCCAAGUCUGCUGGUGUUGCCACAUUUGUCACACAGGAAGAGUUUGAUCGCUUCACUGGAUACUGGUGGUCGCCCGCUGCUCGAGAAGAGGCCGACGGGGGUAAGACUUUACAGAUUGUGUACGAGGAGGUGGACGAGUCGGAGGUUGAGAUCAUCCACGUUCCGUCUCCAGCUCUGGAGGAGCGUAAGACGGAUGUCUACAGAUAUCCACAUGCAGGCAGCAAGAAUCCCGAUAUCACUCUGAAAAUGUCAGAAAUCAGAACAGAUCACCUCGGCAAAAUUGUCAGCACACAGGAAAAAGAGCUGCCUGUUCCCUUCAAGUCCCUCUUUCCAGGGACAGAGUACAUCUCCAGAGUUGGAUGGACAAAAGAUGGUCGAUAUGCGUGGGCAGUAAUGAUGGACCGACGACAGCAGCGCCUCCAGUUGGUCUUUUUGCCUCCAGCGCUCUUCAUCCCUGCGAAUCAGGACGAGGCCAGCAGACAGAAUAGCCUGGAGGCCCUGGGAGACUCAGUGCAGCCAUUCAUCGUCUACGAGGAGACCAGCGACAUCUGGAUCAACGUCCAUGACAUCUUCCAUCCUUUCAUCCAAGCCAGUGAGGAUGAAAUCACCUUCAUCACUGUAAACGAGUCUAAAACCGGCUUCUGCCACUUGUAUAAGAUCACGUCAGUGUUACAGCGCGGCAGCUAUCACUGGGCUAAAGGCUACACACACUCUGAAGAUGAUUUCAAGUGUCCAGUAAAAGAGGAGCUGACGAUAACCAGUGGGAACUGGGAGGUGCUGGCCAAUCACGGAGCAAAGCGUUCCUCCAGUCCUCAGAUUUGGGUGGAUGAGGCGACCAAGCUGGUUUAUUUCCAGGGAACCAAAGACUCUCCUCUGGAGCAUCAUCUCUACGUGGUGAGCUACGACUCGCCGGGCGAAAUGGUCCGACUCACCAAACCUGGGUUCUCCCACAGCUGCUCCGUGAGCCAGACCUUUGACAUGUUUAUCAGCCAUUACAGCAGCUUGACCUCGUCGCCCUGUGUGCAAAUCUUCAAGUUGGUCGGCUCCGACAGCGACCCGCUACACAAAGAGCCACAGUUCUGGGCGAGCAUGAUGGAGCCCUCUGGUUUCCCAUUGGACUACACUACUCCAGAGAUCUUCAGCUUCACAGGGAAGUCGGGCUUCAAGCUGUACGGCAUGUUGUACAAGCCCCACAACCUGGUCCCCGGCAGGAGGCAUCCCACUGUCGUCUUUGUUUAUGGCGGCCCGCAGGUGCAGUUGGUGAAUAACUCGUAUAAAGGAGUGAAAUACCUGCGGUUGAACACUCUGGCGUCUCUGGGCUACGCUGUGCUGGUGAUUGAUGGGCGGGGCUCCUGUCAGCGAGGCCUCAAGUUUGAAGGAGCUGUGAAGGACAGAAUGGGGCAGGUGGAGAUUGAGGACCAGGUGGAGGCUCUGCACUACGUAGCCGACAAGUACAAGUGUGUGGACAUGAGUCGUGUCGCCAUCCACGGCUGGUCGUACGGAGGCUUCCUGUCUCUCAUGGGCCUCAUCCACAAGCCCGACAUCUUCAAGGUUGCCAUUGCAGGAGCUCCAGUGACUUUGUGGAUGGCCUACGACACCGGCUACACGGAGCGCUAUCUGGACACGCCGGAAAAAAACAAGCAGGGAUACGAUGCCUGCUCCGUCGCUCUGCACGUCGAUAAACUCCCAAAUGAACCCGACAGGCUGCUGAUCCUUCAUGGGUUCCUAGAUGAGAACGUUCACUUUUUUCACACCAACUUCCUGGUGUCUCAACUCAUCCGAGCAGGGAAACCGUACAACCUGCAGGUUUACCCCAAUGAGCGCCACAGUAUCCGAUGUCCCGAGUCCGGAGAACAUUACGAGAUCACGAUGCUGCACUUCCUCCAGCAGAACCUCUGAUAAUCCUCUACACAUGGACCUUCUCUUGCCUUGUCCUUCCCUGCAACCUCCCCCCUCCUCCCUUCAUCUCCUCCAUUUAUUUAAAGCUGCCUCAUGUUCUCUUUCAACUCAUCUUUUUAUGUAUUUUGCUGAAUGCAGGCUCUGCCAAACCUCGUCACACCUCAAGAGUCUCUCGUCAGUCUCAACGGUGCUGGAGCUUUUCAGCAUCGAUCAAUACAUGACUUGUAUUCAGAUGUUUAAUUACCAAACAAAGCAUUUUGUAGCCAAGAAGCUCCUUUUUUUGCAGUGGAAGGUUUGAGAAAGAAUCUUCACAAGGAGCAGGGGGCGCUGUUGGACAGGAACAAACAGGACCGAAGCUUUUCUGAGAUUCUAGUGAUGGUGGACGAUGAAGCAAGAAAAAAACAAACACUGAAUUGAAAUGUGAGAGUGACGAUACUGCUGUUAUAAACUUUAACUAAACACACUUUCCAGCAAUGCAAAAACUAUAGACGUGGACCUGCUGCAGCCGGUUUGUGAAAGCAGUUUCGAGCAGUUACAGACCUUUUCUCUUUUUUCACGUUUCCACAAACAGACACUGGAGUAAAGUUAGAAAACAUAAACCUCUAUAAGAAACCGCUUCCUCUUUUUCUUUUUGCUUUGACACUUUUUCCUAGAAGAACGUGUCACACUGUGCCACACUGUGUCAGGUCCACAAGAGAAUAAGUUACACAUCAAGUUUCUAUCGUGGACCUUCCCCAAACAAUAGUUAAUGCAUUAUAAUGAAACCAUCACUGCUGCAACCGUGUCAUGACCUCUCACUGUUUCACUCAGCUGCUUGCUUUGCUUUCGCCGGAGCGCCUUCUUCUUCUUCUGCUGCUGCUGACAAAUAUUUGCACGUUACGUAUUUGCCUCUGUGCCAACGGACUGAACAAUGAGAUGAUGUUUGACUCAGCUUCUCAGUGUGAGGGGCCUUGUAAGAGCUGAAGAGAGCCUGCACAUAUAGUUUAUAUCAGGGAAUGUGUGUGAGGACCUAUGGAAAUCUAAUGCCUUUUAUAUGCGUGUGUCUGAUGAUCAUCUGUAGUCUCAGAACGUGAAGAAAUAAACAAGUGAACAAUCUUUUUUCAAA